UUGGUGAAGAGUGUAAACGAUUCAUUCAUUUGCCACUACCAACGUAGGAAUCUCCGCCCCCUCAUUCGUUCCCGUCGUGCUGUCCCCUCCUUCAAUAAGGCCAACCUAUACCCCAACCAAACCCAAACCCAAACCCAAACCCAUCUCUCUCUCUCUUUCUCUCUCUCUCUUCAAUGGCAUCAACAACUCUCUCCAACACUCUCUACUCCCACCCAUCACUCAGCCAGCGAACCCACGCCGCCGCCUUUCUCUCUCCUCCUCCGUCGGCCUUGACUUUCCAAUUCUCUUCUCCCACCUCCAGAUCUCUCCUUUUAUCCACCCAUUCCAAGACUAAAUGUAGCCCUUUUGUCACGAAAUUCUCUGCGUAUGAGGAAGAUACGACACCCCCAGAGGUCCCGAUUGAAUUAAAGUAUCCGGCAUUUCCCACUGUGAUGGAUGUCAAUCAGAUUCGCGAGAUUUUGCCCCAUCGAUUUCCCCUUCUUUUGGUGGAUAGAGUGGUUGAAUACAAUCCAGGAGUUUCAGCUGUUGCUAUUAAAAAUGUGACAAUAAAUGAUAACUUCUUUCCUGGGCAUUUCCCCGAAAGGCCUAUUAUGCCUGGUGUCCUCAUGGUUGAGGCAAUGGCGCAGGUUGGUGGCAUAGUCAUGCUGCAGCCGGAAGUGGGAGGUUCCCGUGAAAACUUCUUCUUCGCAGGAAUUGACAAUGUCAGAUUCCGGAAGCCAGUUGUUGCAGGAGAUACCUUGGUGAUGAGAAUGACACUGGUAAAGCUGCAGAAACGCUUUGGAAUAGCAAAGAUGGAAGGGAAGGCAUAUGUUGGAGGCGAGGUGGUAUGUGAGGGCGAUUUCUUGAUGGCUAUGGGUAGUUAAUUGAUGCCUUUUAUAAGGAUUUUUGUUCAAAUUGGGCAGUACCGGUUGGUUUUCUGUUUUCUUUCCUUGCCGUUUGGUUUUAGUAACCAUUGCAUUUUCAUGCUGAUGGAACUGAUGAGCAUCUGUUUUCUUAUCGGGCAGAAUUUGCAUCUUCAUAACGAACCAAAUGCUUAGUGGCUUAUUUCAGUGUUGUAUGUGUUCAUGAUAAAA